AUGCAGCUCGCCUCUAUCUUUUUUCUGUCGCUCGCGUCUUUAGCACAAGCUGCACCUUAUUGCGCACCUAAUAACGUCACCACCACCACCACUACCGUCACCGUGACACAAUGGUAUACCCAACAGAACGCUAUCCCAAGCUCAAUUUCCAAGUCAGUUUCUAGCGCAUCCACUUUGAAAACUAGUUCUGUCAUUGCCACCCCAUCAAAAUCAGCUUCAAGCUCAAUUUCAAGAUCGAUUUCUAGCUCAAGCUCGGUCUUGAAACCGAUCUCAACUUCAGCUUCAUCACUGGCCUCUUCUACUGUGAAAUCAACCUCCGUGCUCUCGACUUCGGUGGCAAAAUCUACUGUUGCCGUAGUUACUUCUGCUUCUACUGUAAAAGCUCAGUCGAGCCAAGUUUCAUCGUCAUCGAAGAUCACCUCUGCUUCAUCUAGUCAACCCGCCAAGCCAUCUGCAUCAAGCAGUACACCCUCUGACCCCAACGCUCAGAAAUUGCUUCAGCUGCAUAACGCAUUCAGAGCUCAAUAUGGUGCUAAUCCAGUAACUUGGAAUCAGACACUCGCUGAUUACGCUACAAGUCACGCUACAGCCUGUAAAUUUGAACAUACUCAUGGACCUUAUGGAGAGAAUCUGGCCGCUGGUGCAGGAGGUGGUUAUGACGUUACAUCAGCUUUCAACGCUUGGGCAAACGAAGCUUCGGAAUACAAUCCUUCCAAUCCUCAAUACAGCCACUUCACUCAGGUCGUAUGGAAAGGUACCACCCAAAUUGGAUGUGCGAUGGUUCAGUGUGCAGAUGGGACUAUCUUCAGCGGUAUUGGUCAGAACUCCCUUUACGUCAUGUGCGAAUAUAACCCUCCUGGAAACGUUAUUGGUCAAUUCGCCCAAAACGUAGGCACGAAAUCAUCCUAG